UGCACUGUCUGCGGUGUAGUCAGGGGGGAUCAACAUGGGGAGCAGCAGCAAGGUGGUCAACUUCCUGAACAGGAGACAGAGUCUCUUCCCCAACUACAAGGUUGCGGAUUCAGAUUUUAAUCGAAGACCCUCCGAGAUUGUUUACCCGCUGGCCAGGGAAAGCUGUGUGAAGACAUGGAACUCCAUGCAGGAGCUGAGCAGAGACAUCUACGACAUCUACGCCGAGUACGAGGACGAGGACGACGACAGCGCUCCGUACAGCUUCGCCAAGCCGAUUUCCCCCUCCAAAAGGAACUACGUGAUCAACAUCAAUGUAGGGGGGAAGCCCUAUCAGAUAGCCUACAAGAUGGCUGCCAAGUACCCCAAGUCCAGAAUAGGACGGCUCGCCACUUACACUGACCACAACAUGAAGCUGGACCUGUGUGAUGACUACAUUGUGACCAACAACGAGUACUUUUUUGACAGGGACCCGGAUGUCUUCCACAACAUCUUCAACUUCUACAGGACCGGUGUGCUGUGGAUCAAGGACGAGUUGUGUCCCCGCAACUUCCUGGAGGAAAUCAACUACUGGGGCGUGAGGAUCAAAAACACCCACCGCUGCUGCCGCAUCUCCUUUGAGGAGAGGCAGGACGAGCUCAACGAGCAGCUGAAGAUCCAGAGGGAGCUGGAGGCCGAGGUGGAGAUCGAGGAGAACGAGGAGCUCUUUCAUGACAUGCUCAUGGGCCAGAGUCGCCGGGCCGUCUGGAACCUGAUGGAGAAGCCGUUUUCGUCCAUUAAGGCCAAGUUGAUGGCUGUGGCCUCCAGUCUGUUCGUCCUGAUCUCCCUGGUGGCCAUGACUCUCAACACAGUGGAAGAAAUGCAGUACAGAACCCCCACAGGUCAGCUCAGUGGCAAGACAUACUGGGAACAUGUGGAGUCCAUGUGCAUCGCCUUCUUCACCAUGGAGUUCCUGCUUCGCCUGGUGUCCACUCCCGACCUCAAAUCCUUCAGCAGGAGCGUGCUCAACACCGUGGACCUGAUUGCCAUCCUGCCCCAGUACGUGCAGGGCAUCCUGGAGUUCUUUGACAAUGAGGAGAACUACAUGAAGCACGAGGCCGACAUGCAGGCGGUGGGGCAGGUGGGAAAGCUGGGGCAAGUGUUGAGGAUCAUGAGACUGAUGCGAAUCUUUCGUAUUUUGAAGCUGGCGCGACACUCCACGGGCCUGCGGGCAUUUGGCUUCACUCUGCGUCAGUGCUACCAGCAAGUGGGCUGCCUCUUCCUCUUCAUCGCCAUGGGCAUCUUCAGCUUCUCCGCCAUGGUUUACACCGUGGAGCAUGACGUGCCGAACACGAACUUCACCAGCAUUCCCCAUGCAUGGUGGUGGGCUGCUGUCAGCAUCUCCACCGUGGGCUACGGAGACAUCUACCCCGAGACCAUACUGGGUCGCCUUUUCGCUUUCAUCUGCAUCGCUUUUGGAAUCAUUCUCAACGGCCUGCCCAUAUCCAUCCUCUUCAACAAGUUCUCAGACUACUACUCUAAGCUCAAGUCCAACGAGUACACAGCCUCGUCGAAGAAACGAGGCCGGAUGAGGUUCGCCAAGAGGACCGGGAAAAGGCUCAACCACUGGAUUGGAGGCCAACAUUCCUAACCCCAACCCUGUCAUGUGCUUUUUUGUAUAAAAAUAAAUAAAUGCUUGAUUGUAAAACUGUGCUAAAAAAAAUGUAUGUGAUGGGACAAAGAGAUGUUACACAGACAAAAGACGAUGUGUGGCUAGUUGCUGCCCAUCUGGUCGUGUGCUAUGGCAGCUUCUGUGGCUGGAAAACCGGUGAGGGAUCACCGAGGCACAAGUCUUCAUAGUAUUUGCGACGCCAAAUGGGGAGGACAAGUGGAAGCUGAGUGAUUGAAUGAUCCCUUAAUAUAUUUACUUUUCUAUCACAGAAAAUUAUAUUUUUGUUACUUAAUGUUCAGAGGCUUGGAAAAUAAGUAUGAUUAUGACAGACUUCCAAAAAAAUGUGAUUGCAUUUAUUCAAAAAUAAGGUUACUUUUCAAAGACAAGUCAUAAAACUUUUUGUCCAGCCUUACAACUUAUAUUCAAUUCAACACACACACACACACACACAAAGCUUUACAAAUAUGCCAGAAAGCGCUUGGAGGAAACAUAUAUAAAAUGAUAGUGUUACCUAUUGUGUUGCCCGCCACAAAGUCUAAUUUGUCAUGACUAUGUUUCAUAAUGAACCCUCAAAUAUAACUAUACUAUUAUUACUAUAAUAUUAUGUGUCUCUCAGUACAAGUAAUGUGGCUUCAGUGAAGUUGUGAAGUGUUGUAUGUUUUUGGAGCAUGAAUCACAUCCCCGCAGUGAAACUGUUAUGAUAAAUAUUGUCAACAUCCCACUGUUUGAUCUGCGCCACAAGGAAUGAAUGACUGAAAAAGUUUUUGUUAUCAAUGCGGCAGCUCUAAUGGUUCAGAGUUUUUGCUGAUCUACAAUUUAUGCCCCAGAGAAAGUAAAAACAUACUGUAUAUCUGAGCAGCAAGUUGCUUCUAAUUGCAGUGUUUUGAAUCUGUGUGCUCACACGGGAGGUAUAGUGCAACGUGUCCCAAACAUUGAAGCACUGUUGCUGCUUUUCACUUCUUCAGUUGUUUUGCCUACAAAGUAUGAUUUGCUUGCAAUGCAUGUAAGCAUGACACGAUGCAGUCUGAUAAUCUGUUGUCAAUAAUAAACAUUGUACCGCUCACCAAAUUGUCCCUUUCACUGACUAAAAGACUACAGCACAGACCAUAGAUAUGUUUACCUGUAAACAUCUCUAACGGCUUCUUCUGGAUGAACUUUGCAAUUACAAAAAAAAGGAUUUGUCAU